AAGUGCAGCGGCGCCGGCCGGCCCCAUCUCGGCCUUUGUCGGCCCGGAGAGCGGGUGCCGGAGUGAUCUCGGGCGGUGUAGUGGGUCCGACGGCCGCCGCGGUCCGCCGUAGAUGCCGCCGCCGCGCCUCCUCCCGGCGGUCGGUUUAUCGCCGCGGCCGCCCGGCGACGCCACCGUCGCUCGGCAGAGGUCGGCCCGACAGUGGUCCGAUCCGGGGGCGCCGGGUGCCGGCAGUGUUGCGCCGGCCGCCGGCCAGUGAGAGCCGGGGUGCGCGGUGGAGAUGGCCGUGCGAGUGCCGGUGCUGCGCUGGUAGCCACCAUGCGGUGCGCGCUGCUGGUGCCGCUGGCGGCGGCGCUGUGCGCUCUGCGCCCGGCCGCCGGCGAGCCCAUCAAGAUCGGCUACCUGACCGCCUUCAAGGGCACCCGCGAGAAGCUCGGCCUGACCAUCAGCGGCGCCAUCUCGCUGGCCAUCGAGCGCAUCAACAACCGCACCGACCUGCUGGCCGGUCACACGCUGGAGCUCGGCUACGCCGACACGGAGGGCACGGCCAAGGUGGGCACGCGCCGGCUCGUCGAGAUGAUCUGCAACGACACCGUGGCCUUUUUCGGUCCUGAGGACUCGUGCCUGAUCGAGGCGAAUGUGGCGGCCGCCUUCAAUCUGCCGAUGAUCUCCUACAAAUGCGCUGACGAGGAGGUUUCAAACAAAGAAGAUUUUCCCAACUUCGCUCGCACAUACCCACCUGAAACUCAGGUGACGAAAUCUGCUGUGGCCCUGCUGAAACACUACAAAUGGAAUAAAUUUUCCAUCAUCACCACCGAAUCAUCAACGAUAAGCAAAAUCGCCGAUUCGCUAAAAAAGCUGGCCAUCUCGGAGGGGAUGACCAUCAACCACAAGGUGGUGAUUCCCGACUACGACCGGUGCUGCAAGGAGCGCAGCGCCUGCUGCGACCUGCAAAUGCUCGCCAACGUCAUCAAGGAGACCAAGGAUGGCACCCGAGUAUACGUCUUCUUGGGCACGUCUGAGUCUCUGCAGAACAUGCUGACCACCAUGUCGAUGUUCAACCUCCUCGACGGCACCUACAUGGUCAUCUACAUCGACUUGGACUUUGUCGUCACCAAGUCGAACUCCUUCAAAUACAUGUGGCCCGCCGACAAGAUGUGGGAGCUGGCACACUACUCGGACUACGAGUGCCAGGCGAGCGACGUGAGCCCGCUGCGCAGCCUGCUGGUGGUGAUGGCCACGCCGCCGCGCGGCCACGACGCCUUCAGUCGGCUGGUGCGCACCUACAACGAGCGGCCGCCGUUCGACAUCACAUCGCCCGGCUGGUGGCCGUUCAAAAAGCAUGUGGGCGUGUACGCGGCCUACCUGUACGACUCUGUGAUGAUGUACGCGCGCGCGCUGAACCGCACCAUCAGCGACAACCCGGGAGUGCCACUCCGACAGAUCCUCACCAACGGCUCCGACAUUGUGAUGCGCAUCCGCAACCAGACGUUUCAGAGUGUGAUGGGCUCGGUGAUCAAGAUGGACGACAAUGGCGACUCGGAGGGCAACUUCACCGUGCUGGCGCUGCAGUCCGGCUGCGGCCUGCACAUCCGCUACGAGAACAGCCACCAGUUCGCGCUCAGCUGCGACGACUGCAUGGCGCAAGUCGGCCAAUUCUUCCUUACCAACUCGACGCUGCCGGAGUUUAAGAUCGACACGGGGAAGAGUAUCCAAUGGCUGGGCGGCCUGCCGCCGAUUGACGAACCCCACUGCGGCUUUGACGGCACAAAGUGCUAUACGCCGGACGAUAGCCGGCAGACAGUGGCCACGGUGCUGGGCUCGGUGCUGCUGGCCGCCAUCCUGGUCAUGCUGUACGUGUACAGGAUGUGGAAGGAGGAGCAGGAGAUCCUCGGCCUGCUCUGGAAAAUCGCCCCGGAGGCGCUCGACACCGGGCCGCCGCCGCUCAGUGACAGCAAGCAAAGCAUCACCAGUAUAGCGUCGUUCGAGUCCAAGUGUUUUGGCCAGAUCUUUACCAUGACGGGGCGCUACGACAACAAUACUGUGCGCGUGCAGACGCUCAACUUCAGCCGCAAGGCGGACAUCUCGCGCCGCAUGAUGAAAGAGAUGCGCACGAUGUGGGAGCUGCGGCACCAGAACGUGAACCCGUUCCUGGGUGCCGUGGUGGAGCCGACCUGUAUCCGGAUCGUCACAGAGUACUGCACCCGCGGCAGCCUGCCGGACAUUCUGGAGGGUGGGGAGCUCACAUUGGAGUACAUGUUCAUCGCCGAGCUUAUUCGAGAUCUUGUGAAGGGAAUGCUUUAUUUGCACAACUCUGCCCUGCUGGUGCACGGCAAUCUCAAGUCGUCCAACUGUGUGGUCACCUCGCGCUGGGUACUCAAAGUCACCGACUUCGGGAUGCGCGACCUGCGCGCGGCGGCCGACCUGGACAGCCAGUCCAACUACCAGUACUACAAGAGUCAGCUGUGGAAGAGUCCCGAGCAGCUGAGGGCCCCACAGACGCCGUGCAGUCGCGCUGAUGACGUGUACGCGUUCGGCAUCAUCCUGCACGAGAUAAUGUGCCGGGACGGACCGUUCGGCGGAGUCGACGGUCCUCCGAGCUUCGAGCCGAAACAGAUCGUCGGCCUGGUGAAGCAGGUGCCGGCGCCGGGUCAGGAGCCGUUCCGGCCGCCGCUCAACUGCCUCCACCCGCCGCCGGACAUGCCACCAGAGUCGGAGCGGCUGGUGGUCGACUGCAUGCAGCAGUGCUGGCAAGAAUCAGAAGCCUCCCGGCCCGGAUUUCUGGAGAUUAAGAAACUGCUGCAGCCGCUGCGCGCCGGCCUCUCCACCAACCUCGUCAACCAGAUGAUGGAGAAGAUGGAGAAGUACGCCAACAACCUGGAGGAUCUAGUCAGAGAGCGGACGCAGUUGCUGAACGAGGAGAAACAGAAGACGGAGGCGCUGCUGUACCGCAUGCUGCCCGAGUCGGUGGCGUCGGACCUGACACGGGGCAUCCCCGUCCAGCCGGAGACGUUCGACUCGGUCACCAUCUACUUCAGCGACAUCGUCGGCUUCACCAGGAUCUCGGCCGAGAGCAAACCGCUCCAGGUGGUGGAACUUUUGAACGACCUGUACACCGUCUUUGACCGCAUCAUCCGAAGUUACGACGUCUACAAAGUGGAAACGAUCGGCGACGCGUAUAUGGUGGUGUCGGGCGUUCCGAAGCCGAACGGAAUCCAGCACGCGGGCGAGAUCGCCUCCAUGGCGCUGAGUCUGCUGGACGCCAUCCGACAGCACAAGAUCCAGCACCGGCCUGGCGAGCAGCUCAAACUGCGUAUCGGCAUACACACAGGUCAGGUGGUGGCCGGCGUGGUGGGUCUGACCAUGCCGCGCUACUGCCUGUUCGGAGACACGGUCAACACGGCCUCCCGGAUCGAGUCGACCGGCGAGCCGCUGCGCAUCCACAUCUCGGACCAGUGCCAGCGCACGCUGACCCAGCUGGGCGGCUACCAGACGGUGCCGCGCGGUCCCGUCCACAUGAAGGGCAAGGGGCUGGUGGAGACGCACUGGCUGGUUGGGUCGGAUCACAAACGGCCGCCGCCGCUCGACCAGCCGGCGCAGGCGCCGCUCUUCUCUCGCGCGGCCACUGUGCGCCGUCACGAGCCGUCGCACGCGGCCGCCAGCCGGCUCAGUCUGGCUAGCGUGCGGACGCGCGGCUCGGCGGCCAGCCGCGAGCCGAGCCGGCCGGCCAGCCGGGCCGAGAGCCCGCCGCGCCGCCGGCUGGCCGUGCCGCGCCUCUGCCAGCGGCCCGCCUCACUGCCGGCCGUCCGCGAGUCGCGCAGCCUGGACAACUUUCCACGCGCGCUGCGGCUGCCGGCGCGGCCGGUGGCGCGCCGGCGCGACUCGCGCUCGGUGGCCGACUGUCGCGAGCUGCUGGCGCGCGAACAGGAGACGGGCGCCGGCGGCGGCGAGAGCGCCGAGCCCAUGCUGAGCUGUCGCCUGCUGCGGUCGCGGCUGGAGGAGCAGCUGGAGCCGGCCGGCGCCGAGCGUGUGUCGGAGGACGAGGACGGCCGGCCGGAGCCGGAGCCGGCCGAGCUCGGCCCGCCGCCGGAGCCGGAGGAGCACGACCACGGAGAGCAGGAGCGGGGCCCCGAGCGGGCCGACGAGCUGGCCGAGGUGGCGGCGCCGCCGCUGGCAGACGCGCCGCCCGCCUGGGACUGCAUCAAAGACUGGUUCCGACGCUUCUUCAGCCGGCACAGGCUUGAGCCGAGCAUCCCUCUCAACGGAAAGCUCAAACACAACGGCUACAGCCUGCACUCGAGCCACGACACGGUGGUGUGACGGCGGCCACGGCGGCACGGGCAGACCCAUGUGAUAGCUGCGCUGCCGGUCGGGCCGGGCGCGGCGCCGCCGGCCGGUGCAUCGUUGACGCGUGUAUGAGGCUGUGGUAGAGCUGAGCUGGUGAGGCGCCGCCGGAUGUGACCACUCAGCCCAGUUGUUUGUUAACGCGCAGAGCCGCGGUUGGUGGCGUUGAGUUACGUUGGCAAGCAGAGUUGGAGACGAGUGAAGGUCGGUGUUGAUCCCGAAAGUGCCAUGUUGUUCAUUAAGAGAAAGCGGUCAGCUUGCCAAUGUAGCACAUAUCUCAUCAAACAGUUUGCCAUAGACUUAUAUUAUUUCUGAUGCAUCUUUAUGCGUGCAUAGUGAAUGAAUAUUCAUGAUGAAGUGUAUUUGUAUGUUUGUGAUAAAUGCUAUAUAAUAUAAUCAGGGUUGAGCUCGAGAAA